UUUGCACUGUUUACCACCAGCCCACCUAGCUCUUCAGCUACUCUUCAGUUUAUUAUUGUUCUCUAAAUUCAGGUACUAUAUUGUUUUUUAUAUAUAUAUAAGGUAACCUGCAUGUGGAGCUAACCUCUGGGUACGAUCGCUAACAUUUGGACUGCGAAUCCAUCUGGAUGUUGAGUGUGCGGACUCUGUUUGGGAUUGGCUUCCUGGUGACCUCACGGGCCGCAGCAGUCCUUGCUCAGACCGGGACAUGUCCUCUUUCUGCUGCAGCUAACAACCACAAGAAGGAUUGCAACAGUAGCAGAGCAGCAUCCACCAUGGCCCAGACCAUCAAAUAUCUCGGGCAGGAGGAGGCCCAGCACAUCGAUGAGGAGCUCUUCAGUGAGUACGGCUUCAGUGUGGACCAGCUAAUGGAGUUGGCGGGCUUCAGCUGUGCUACAGCCAUCACCAGGGCGUAUCCGCUCAGUUCUCUGGUCAAGCCCAGACCCUCGGUGUUGGUGAUCUGUGGUCCAGGUAACAACGGAGGCGAUGGCCUGGUCUGUGCCAGACAUCUUAAACUGUUUGGUUAUGAGCCCACUAUCCUGUACCCGAAGAGGCCAAACAAACCGCUGUUCCAGGGUCUGACCACACAGUGCCAGAAAAUGGAGAUCCCUUUCCUGACUGAGAUGCCUGAGGCCAAAAUGGUCGACCAGGCCUACAACCUGGUCAUAGAUGCCAUCUUUGGCUUCAGCUUCAAGGGGGCUGUGCGAGAGCCUUUUGGAUCAGUCCUUGACGUGCUGAAGAAAACCACAGUCCCCUUAGCCAGCAUCGACAUCCCCUCAGGUUGGGACGUGGAGCAGGGUAGCGCAGACGGCCUCCAGCCGGACAUGCUCAUUUCUCUCACUGCUCCCAAAAAAUCUGCCUCCAUGUUCAGAGGACGCUACCACUUCCUGGGAGGCCGCUUUGUGCCGCCCGGCCUGGAGAGGAAGUACCAGCUCAACCUGCCUCAGUACCCUGGAACGGACUGUGUGUUACAGCUGUAGGAGAUGUCGAUUUGUCGAGAGGCCUCAGCGGCUCCAGGAAUGAUAUCGCUUGUAAAAAAUCUGGGAAUGUGAUUGGUUUCCAUUCACUGUACAGUUGUAAAUCCAAUGAGGUGUUAUAAUAGAUCUUUCUCUAUGUGAAAGCAC